UGGUAGUAAAGAUUGACCUGUUUUCAAAAAGCGUCAAUUUUCAGAUAGAGCAGAGUUGAUCAAGUUUUCAUGCCAAGCAACAGAAUGCCUGUGGCUGCAGAGGAUGAUUCUGGGAUAGCCGCGUUUGAGGACAUCAAGAGAAACCUACACAGGUUGCAGUCUGCUGGGGCUACAGACGAGGACCUGUCAUUUCUCAGUGAUGUUCUCAAUGAUCCUGUUAUGAAUGGACUCGUCCAGGUCCAUGACACCCUUGAUGAGGCUAGCCUUGAGCCUGUCAGUGCAAACACAAUUGAACUUGUGAAGAACGUCCUCAUGGAGAUUGAUGGAAUUAGCUCAAAGAACAAGAAGGCAUCAGACCUGAAAGCAAUUCUAAGUAAAACAUAUGUCAAAUCUCUGGUAGAGACACAUGAUGAUAUAGCAGCAAAGAACUAUGAAGAGUCCUUGUACGAUGAAUCCUUCAACACAAUGUCAAUGUCCCAGGCCCCACCCCCUGUGUUUGCUGCCCCUGCCACUGAUGCAGUCAGGAUGGUGGGCAUACGCAAGAAUGGUGAUGAACCCCUGGGAAUUACAGUUCGUAUUGACAACAAUAAUUUAGUGAUUGCCAGGAUACUUGCCGGAAGUAUGAUUGACCAACAAGGUUUACUACACGUUGGUGACAUCAUCAAGGAAAUUAACGGACAGGAAGUGAUCUCUCCCGACCAACUUCAGGACCAGAUGCAACGUGCUGUCGGGAGCAUUACUUUAAAAAUACUUCCAAGUUAUGUGGACCAUAAUAUAGUCUCUCAGGUUUACAUGAAGGCCCAUUUCAACUAUGACCCCAUGAGGGACAAUCUGAUCCCAUGUAGAGAGGCGGGACUUCCUUUUAGAGAUGGAGAGAUCCUGCAGAUACUCAACAUGGAUGACAAUAACUGGUGGCAGGCACGCAAGAUUGACGGAGAUGAAAGUUUUACAGGAUUGGUACCAUCCAUUACCAUUGAAGAAAAAAGACGAGCCUUUGUUAAGCCAGAAUAUGAUUACACCACUAGUUCAUAUCUUUGUGGAAUUGUAAGGAAGAAAAAGAAGAAAACUAUGUACAAAUCCAAACAAAGUUCAGAGUUUGAUCGCCAUGAGAUGAUGAUAUAUGAAGAAGUGGCCAGAAUGCCUCCAUUCCAGAGGAAGACUCUAGUCCUGGUAGGUGCCCAGGGUGUGGGCAGGCGGACACUCAAGAACAAACUCAUUGAAAGUGACCCAAACAGAUUUGGCACAACUAUGCCACACACAACACGUGAGAUGCGUGAAGAUGAGGAGAAUGGUAAUGGCUACUGGUUUGUUGAUGCUGAAGAGAUGAAGGUUGAUAUAAGUGAGGGCAAAUACCUGGAAUACGGAGAGUUUGAUGGCAACCUAUAUGGCACAAAACUUGAUACAAUUAGACAAGUCAUCAGGAGUGGACGAAUGUGUAUAAUUGACUGCAAUCCACAGGCUCUGAAGACAUUAAAGACAGGGGAGUUCAUGCCAUAUAUAGUGUUCGUUGCAGCCCCUAGUGUUGAAGUGAUGUCAAACAUGCAUGAAUUAGCCAAGCAACAGGGUGUCACGACUAUAGACAAAACAGAGCGUGAAUUUAGAAAUACAUUAGAUGAAAGUGCUCGAGUUGAACGUGCCUACAAACAUUACUUUGACACGACGAUUAUAAAUGACAACAUGGGAGAGUGUUUCAACACUCUACGUAGAGCAAUAGAGACUCUAAGUAUGGAACCCCAAUGGGUACCUGUCAGCUGGGUCUACUAACAUUCCACUCUUCACACAUCUAUGCAGUAAGACUCUGCCCUCUGAGGACUAUGCCUCCUAUGGACAAUGUCUUCUAUGGACUCUUCCCUAUCUAUGGGCUAUAUGUCCUUUAAGGACUCUGACCUCUAUCAACUCUGCCCUCUAAGGACUAAGUGGCCUCAAUGGGCUCUGCCCUCUAAGCACUCUGCCGUCUAAGGACUUUAUCCUUAAAGGACUCUGCCUUGUAGGGACUGCCAUUUAAGGAAUCUGCUUUUAACGAUCCUUUCCAUAUACAGAUGCUGCCUUGUAUGGACAUCUAUCGAUGUUUAAGGCACUUUGAAUUUUACAUAGAGCUCCAAUUCAGGUAAUGCCAUGAAUUCAUAUUAUGAUAAUUUAUCAAAGUUUAAAUUUUCUUCCCCUUAUGAAUUCAGUGUUAUCACUUCCAGAAAAAACAUCUUCAAUUACUUAAGCAGGCAAAGAAAUUUAAAGAAAUUUGUUCAAUUUUCAAUACAUAAUGGAUAUAAAACUUUAUGCUGGAGUACAGGGGUGUGUCCUAGAGUGUAAGGAACAGUCAGCACUGCUUGUUUUUUUUCAUUUCACUGAUUAUAACCACAGGUCUGUCAGUCAACAUUAUGUUAUCUUCUCAAACUACAGACCUGGGUAUGCAUGCCAACAUUAACAUUUUCAGGGUUGGCAGGGCAUACACUGAUACAUGUCAUAUCAAAUAUUUUGUAGUAUUGUAAAUAUGUGUGCAAGUAUUUCACAAGGAUUCAUGUAAUCAUUGUAAUUUAUAUUGAUUUAAAAGUUCUAUGUUAGGCAGCAAUUUAUGGAAUCUGGGGCCAGUGCAACAAAUUAUUGAUGAUCUAAUUAUCAAUUUAAAGCAUGUAGUUAUCAUUUCGAUUUUAACAAAACAUUUUGUGUUAUUACUUAAAAUUAAGAUAAUUAUUUAAUUUGAAAUGUGUUCAAUUGUUAGUUCAUUAUAAGAAUGAUUAUUUGCAUAUUUGAUUAUUUGAUGCAGUGUCCCCAGAAGUUUCCUAUUCAAAGGAUUGUACAUGGUUCAAUAAAUAAUUGCAUAUUAUAGCUAGCCAUAUAUGAUAUGAAAUUACAAUCUUUCACUUGCCUUAACAUGUAAAUAUAUUUUGACAUUAUAUUCAGGUAUAUUUUAUGUAAUUAACAAAAAUGGAAUGUGUAUUUUGGGUAGUGUAAAUGUAGAGACCUAUGGUGCUUUAUUUUAAUGGAUUGUAACAGUAUGUAUAUAUGCCCAAAAUAGUUGUGUAUCUAUAUAUAUACAUGAGUGAAAUAUGCCUGUAAUACCUCCAUAUAU